GCGGUGGAUGGUCUGGAACGUAGGGCUCGCCUCUUGCUGAAGCUUCGCGGCCUCGGAGCCCAGCAUGGCUUCCUCGCGAGCCUCCUCCACGGCAACCAAAACUAAGGCACCUGAUGACUUAGUCGCUCCUGUUGUGAAGAAACCACACAUCUAUUAUGGAAGUUUGGAAGAAAAGGAGAGGGAACGGCUGGCCAAAGGAGAGUCUGGGAUUUUGGGAAAAGAAGGACUUAAAGCAGGAAUUGAAGCAGGGAAUAUUAACAUAACCUCUGGAGAAGUGUUUGAAAUUGAAGAGCACAUCAGUGAGCGACAGGCCGAAGUGUUAGCUGAAUUUGAGAGAAGGAAGCGAGCCCGGCAAAUCAAUGUUUCUACAGAUGACUCAGAGGUCAAGGCUUGCCUUAGAGCCCUGGGGGAACCCAUCACGCUUUUUGGAGAGGGUCCUGCUGAAAGAAGAGAAAGGUUAAGAAACAUCCUCUCAGUGGUCGGUACUGAUGCCUUAAAAAAGACCAAAAAAGAUGAUGAGAAAUCCAAGAAGUCCAAAGAAGAGUAUCAGCAAACCUGGUACCAUGAAGGACCAAACAGCCUGAAGGUUGCUAGACUGUGGAUUGCUAAUUAUUCACUGCCCAGGGCAAUGAAACGCUUGGAAGAGGCCCGUCUUCAUAAAGAGAUUCCUGAGACAACUAGAACCUCCCAGAUGCAAGAGCUGCACAAGUCUCUCCGGUCUUUGAAUAAUUUCUGCAGUCAAAUUGGGGAUGAUCGGCCUAUUUCCUACUGUCACUUUAGUCCCAAUUCCAAAAUGCUGGCCACAGCUUGUUGACCAACCCUGGCUGAGAUGCUUUCCUUUGUAUUUGAUAGGAGUGGGCUUUGCAAGCUCUGGUCUGUUCCUGAUUGCAAUCUCCUUCACACUCUUCGAGGCCAUAACACAAAUGUGGGAGCAAUUGUCUUCCAUCCGAAAUCCACUGUCUCCUUGGACCAAAAAGAUGUCAAUCUGGCCUCUUGUGCUGCUGAUGGUUCUGUGAAGCUUUGGAGCCUUGACAGUGAUGAACCAGUGGCAGAUAUUGAAGGCCAUACAGUACGUGUGGCUCGUGUAAUGUGGCAUCCAUCAGGACGCUUCUUAGGUACCACCUGCUAUGACCGUUCAUGGCGCUUAUGGGAUUUGGAGGCUCAAGAAGAGAUCCUGCAUCAGGAAGGCCACAGCAUGGGUGUGUAUGACAUUGCCUUCCAUCAAGAUGGCUCUUUGGCUGGCACCGGGGGACUGGAUGCAUUUGGUCGAGUUUGGGACCUGCGCACGGGACGUUGUAUCAUGUUCCUCGAAGGCCACCUGAAGGAGAUCUAUGGAAUAAAUUUCUCCCCCAAUGGCUACCACAUUGCAACUGGCAGUGGUGACAACACCUGCAAAGUGUGGGACCUUCGGCAACGGCGUUGUGUCUAUACCAUUCCUGCCCAUCAGAACUUAGUAACUGGUGUCAAGUUUGAGCCUAUCCAUGGGAAUUUCUUGCUCACUGGUGCCUAUGAUAACACAGCCAAGAUCUGGACCCACCCAGGCUGGUCCCCACUGAAGACCUUGGCCGGCCAUGAAGGCAAAGUGAUGGGCCUAGACAUUUCUUCCGAUGGGCAGCUCAUAGCCACUUGCUCAUAUGACAGGACCUUCAAGCUCUGGAUGGCCGAAUAGGCAGGACCAUAGAAAAAGGACGCUACCUCCCUCUCACAGAGCCAUUUUCAAAAGAAAGGAAUCGAUGUGUUUUGUUCUAUCAUGUUUUUGCCAGUUACCAUGCAUAGAUCCGCAAAAGAGUUGGAUUUCCACGUCAGCUCCCACUGUAGGCAGGCCGCCCCCUCCUUGGGUGUUGAUGAUAAACCCCUUUCAUGGUUGAAAUUUUAAUUUUCAUCUUCAGGCCCUGCCACGAACUGUGUGGACAUUGUGUUUCUUAAUCCUUUGUUUGGAUGCCCUGUUGCCUCCCUCACAGUACUCAGGAUUCCAUUUUGAAUUCUUGAAACUUGACUUUCCAUUACAUGGUACAUGCUUCAGGACCACACGUGACCCAGAGAGCAAGGGCUGGGCUAUAGUCUGAGCAGAGAGGCACAUCUCACCACACGCUGGCUAAACAGUGGCUGGCAGAGCAAGAACCCUGAGAGCGGAAGGUGAAGAGGUAAACCACAGCUAUGCUCGGGUUUUGUAGUUGAGCUUUUUACCUCUUCCUGUCGAGUUCACUUGGAAUGCUCAUUGCACCAGGAAGCUCAGAAAUAAACAUUUGCCUCGUCACAUAAUGCCUUCCAUUUUGCUUGGAAGUUUGGCAUCCUUUGUUGUUACCCAAAAGCUGGGCCAGUGUGAAGAGUCAAUGAAAUUUUUAGAAAGCAAAAAUGACGUCUCUGUUGUCUUCUCUUUGUUUGAAGGAUAUACCCCUCAUGUUGAGAUAACUUGGGGAAAAUCUGUAAUGGGUAUUCCUAAACAUAAGCUGCUUUUUUCCUUUUUUUGGGCGGCCACGUGGCAUAUGGAGUUCCCGGGCCAGGGAUCAGAGCCGAGCCACAGCUGUGACAACACCGGAUCCUUAAUCCACUGUGGGUUAAACCUACGUCCCAGUGCUCCCAAGGCGCCACCAAUCCUGUUGCACCACAGCAGGAACUCUUUUUUUUUUUUUUUUUUUUUUCUUCCUUCAUUACACACUUGCUACAGAGUAAAAUUCUAUUAUAAAAACUACCCUUUAGGAGUUCUUCUGUGGCAUAGCAGGUUAAGGAUCUGGCAUUUUCACUGCUGUGGUGUAAGUUGCUGCUAUGGCAUGGGCUCAGCCCCUGGCCUGGGAACUUCCACGUCCCAUGGCUGCAUCCAAAAAUAAAACUGUCCUUUAUACAAUGAUUUUGUAUAGUUAAGUAUUUUCUGAAUCCCAGCCAUGAGUCUACAGAGGUUCUUAUUUUUCAGUUUGAGAUACAGCAGGUAAUCUCUAUGGCUUGCUCCAAUUCUAUCUCCUUAGUAAUAAGCAUUGUCAGUGAAUUUUUUAUUUAUUUUUCUUAAUAUGGGCUGUUGCAUUUUGGGCCAGACUCCCCAUGAACUGUAUCUGGACUCUAGUUCUUCAUUGCCAGUGCAGCAGUUACCUUCACCUCUUUCUACCCCACGUAUACAACCACUGAACUCUGAAAUUGGGCAGUAAAUUCACACAAAAGCAUAGGAAUUUGGAAAAAAAGGAUUGUGUGUAGAGAAUUCAAGAAGGGCUUAUAUGAUGGCUUCUAGUUGAAUGUUCAAAAUAGCACUUUUCAUUUGCCGUGCUGGGGAGGCUGAGAGUGACUGUCUAGCUCUGUCAUGCGGACUGUGUGUGAUGUGUAGCUAAAUCGUCUGUUUGACCUGAUUUCAACUAUAACCAAAUAGUUGCAUAUCCUGUGUGUCUGUUCAACUUGUGGGAUUAUCAGCUCUACCCUCCACUGGGCAUUUCACUGUAGCUUAAGUAUUAAUGGGCUCUUAUUUCCUCCACAGUUGGCCAUGAAAAAUUAUUUUUUCAUUACUGCCUUUGUAGUGUGUAUAAACUAAUAAUGACCAUUAGUGUAUUAGCAUGCAAUUUGAAUAUAGUGUGGUAAACGUUUCAGUUUUCAAGUUGAAAUUUUACUAUACGUUUCAUGAAAAAAACUUUUUUUUUCAGUUGUUCCAAGAGAUUUAGAGGUGGCAACAAGAGAUUUAGAAGUUGCCAUGUUUAGUAUAGGCAUUUCCUCUAAGCCUUUGGCAAAACAAAUGUCUUGUGGAAUAUACAUUUCUUCAUUGGAAAUAUCAUUGUUAGCACUUAGCCGAGGAGCAUAAACCAAGUAUGGCAUUUCAUCAUAAUGGUGAGAUAAAUAUCAUACCAUCAUUAGACAGGACACUUACUCUGCCUCGACACUGCCAGGCACAUUCAGACGUCUUGUUUCAUCCUCACAAUCUAAUUUUACCCCUUCUACUUGGAGAACUUACAAGAAACCUAGUGUUUUUCAAUAGGAUACUAUUGGCAAUUUAGGAUGGAUGAUAUUUUGUUGUGUAGAAUUUUGAGCCUUGCAGCGUGUCUUAGCAUCCCUACCUCUGGAGUACCAACAGCCCCUGCCUCGGAGUACCAAAGAUUUCUAAAUGCUUUCUGGAAGGAUGGCACUGCCCCAAUAUUAGAACUAUUGAAGAUGAAGACAGAAGUUGCCAUGUUUAGUAUAGGCUUCCCCAGUAAAAAAUACUCAAAGCUGAGUUUUAUUUGGUGAAUCAG